AUGGCUCCUGGUAUCCCAAACAAGAAGAAAACUGAUGAUGAACAGUCUUCAAAAGAGAAUUUUAUCCAUCUCUGCAACCCUCACUUGGAGAAAAUGAAAGAAGACAUCCUCUACCAUUUUGCUCUUGGGACUGGUACCCAUGAUUUUCCGGCAUUGUUUGGAGAUGUAAAGUUUGUAUGUGUUGGAGGAAGUCCUUCUCGGAUGAAAGCUUUUAUCACCUACAUAGCUGAAGAACUGGGGCUUGGUAGCCCUGGUUGUGACUAUCCUAACAUCUGUGCAGGAACUGACCGUUAUGCAAUGUACAAAGUGGGACCUGUUUUGUCUGUCAGUCAUGGUAUGGGCAUUCCUUCCAUUGCAAUCAUGUUGCACGAGCUGAUCAAGAUGUUGUAUCAUGCCAAGUGUUCCAACGUAACCAUUUUUCGCAUUGGCACAUCUGGUGGAAUAGGUCUGGACCCAGGCUCAGUGGUUAUAACUAGAGAGUCUGUAGAUGCCACCUUCAAGCCUCAGUUUGAACAGGUUGUUCUGGGAAAGACUGUAAUUCGCAGUACAAACCUAGAUGAACAGCUAACUAAGGAACUGAUGCAGUGCAGUAUAGAAAUUGGUCAGUUCCAUACAGUCAUUGGAAACACGAUGUGUACUUUGGAUUUCUAUGAAGGACAAGGCAGGUUGGAUGGUGCUAUCUGCUUAUACAGUGAAGAAGAGAAACUGCAGUAUUUGAAGGAAGCUUAUGAUUCUGGUGUCAGAAACAUAGAGAUGGAGUCUUCCGUAUUUGCUGCAAUGUGUAAUCUCAGUGGUGUCAAAGCUGCUGUAGUGUGUGUCACUCUUCUGGAUCGACUUGAAGGGGAUCAGAUUAGUACCUCACAUGAUGUACUCGUGGAAUAUCAGAAAAGACCACAGAAGUUAGUGGGGUAUUUCAUUAAGAAAAGUCUUGGGAAAGUAUGAAAUACCCAUCUUUGUUUUAUAGAAGCAGAAGGCUUUUGCACAGCUGAAAUCAUGGUCACAGCUUCUGCACAUUAAAGGUAUUUUGCCUCAGAACACCUUACAGCAUUCCUUGUGUCGAAGUUAAUCAUUUAUGUCACUGUUCUUUGGGAACUGAAUGUGCUGAAUGGACUUCAGUUAAGUUUUGCUUAGUUAUGCAUUGCUAGAUUUAAGGCUCACUUUUCUGUGAUCUGAAAAUGGAUCUGUUGUGAAGGACAAGCUUGCUAUAAUAUAUGAAAAAGCUUUAUUUAUCUCUGCUGUAAAAGAAAAACUAGGAAGUAAAUAAAACUUUUUUGCCAAGUACUUGCAAACCACCAAGUUGAAAUUGACUUAAGAAUGCUAAUUCCUUUCUGGCUGUUAUAAAAAAUUAAAAAAAAUAUAA